AUGGCUGAUUUUGCGCCGGACAUCUUCAGGAACGUUCCACACCCGCCCGCAGAGACAUUAGCAUUUGUGGGGGCCUCCUGUUAUAGCGCCAUUAUCCAAUGGUUAGCGGAUAUUUUAAAGAUGAUGUCAGACCAGGGGGAGUUCCCAGCUAUCGACCUAUCAGUAUAUCCGCCGGUCAGCGAUAUAUAUGACGAACUCCUUCAGGCGGUUGCUCUCCUAUUGGCACAGAAAGACGACCCAGAACACCCGGCAUUCGUGAACCGCUUGGCGAGCUUUUGUAACAUCCUGAAUUGUGAGACCGCUACAGUUGCACAGCCACCGCUGACCAAAGCCGUUGAUCGGCUUGCAGACCACUAUCCCAUAGCCGCUGCCAAACCUUCUUGUAUUAGUUCAUCGUGUCCUCCUCCCCUCACCACUCCUUCGACAAAACACAUUCUUGAGAUCGAACACACCGAGAAUGCCCUCAAGUCUUGGCUCCAGAAACGGGGACGCGAAAUUCUUCCAGAUUCCCUCUUCGUCACGGUUUCUGUGCUAUUUGCAUGGGUCGACCCCCUUGACCUCAUAGCUGUCCUACAAGUGAGCCUCAGAGUGGUUGCAAUGGAAGAACUCUUCCAGCAAGAAGAGCUCACUUGCGUUUCAUUCCUUCUGCAAGGAGGGCGAUGCUACAUGGAGGAGAGGAUGUAUCGUGCUCAGAUGGAAGUCACUUUGUUCAACAAAGCUAUUGCGAACUUGUGCGAAGAGUUUAAUACGAAAUGUCGCCCAUCUCCAGCACCCCUGCCAAAGUACACUAGCACUAUAAGUGCAUGCCAAACACCUCGCUCGGACGAAUUUGAAGGCUUUCGGCUUCCAACUGCUGCGCAUCUCAAAUGCCAGCAAUGGCUUUCCACGUCAUCGGAAUUUCUAGUGGAUUUCCCGCAAAUUCAAGAAAUUCCCCAGCUUUACGAAAACGUCUUAAGGCCCAAUGAUCGAUUUCUUUCGCUUCCUUUCUUGAUGAAGUCUUGGGUUGAUAAUGUCACAUAUCGCGCCUACAUCAGCACAUCCUCUGCCGACUGUGCAGACACCAAGCUCCUAGGUAUUGGCAUUGGCGAUAGCCUUAAAGCAAAGAAUGAAAAAACCCCGGACGUCCUAAAAUCUGAUUUCCACAUCUUAGAGUUGAAGAAACAUCGCGCACAAGCCGAAGUGGAGAUGUUUUCUGAAGCCAUAUCACGCACUACGGGGCCCCGGUUGACUGAGAAUGGCAUGUGCUCAUCUCAUGGCUCUGACGGGACAUAUGAAUCAUGUCUACCUGACAAUUCUUUUGAUGAUUGGUUUGAUGGUUGGUUUGAUGGGUUUUCGACGUCAUCUGGAUCUUCCAAUGCCUCUGCGCUCUAUUGA